AUGUUGCUCGUACAGUUGGCACAGACACCGAACCUCGGCAACACGUGUUAUCAGUAAGAAAGCCACAAUUGAACGUCAAUACAUACUUACCCUUUCUCUCCUUGUGGGCGGUGUGCAGAAAUGCCGUCGUCUAACCACUGAAGGAGACGCCAGUGCUCUCAACGCUCGUGUCAUGUUGAUCUGUCUGUCUGGGUGCGUGUGUGGGUGUGUCGUGUCAGCAAGCAGGUGACCAUCUUCAGGCUCCCGCCGGCGUUCAGGCUGACGAUCAGCCGGUUUCUCAAGGACAAGAGCGGCACACCCCAGUCCGCUUCAAGACCCGCAACUUCUGUCCCGGCGGGGUCCACGGCCUGUGCGAGCACUCCUGUGAGGAGAGAUAUGGGAGAGCGGCGGGGAGGGUGCGCUCAUGCCUCUGUGUGUCCCUCUGUGUGUGUGUUGGGUGUUUUAGGGCACCCGACGAUCGGCCGCGCCGCGAGUACGACCUCUACGCCGUGACCCACCACGGCGGCAUCCUGAAUGGCGGACACUCCUACGCCUAA